CACAAUACAACCCCAACUUCCGGGCUGGACUUUUCAAACACUAGCUAGCCAUCUAGCUAUCACACAUUUUUGCUCAGGGAAUUACACCGAUUUUUUUCUUAUAAUCGAGAUCGGGUUAGCUUGUUGUUAAACCAGGCAGCGAUGUCAGCGAGCUCCAAGAGAAGACGAGCCACUUCUCCCUCCAGCAGUGUCAGCGGAGGAGGAGACCUCGAUGAUGCCUCCUCCUCUACUCCUGGAAGUGGCAGAAAAAGAAGGAGAAUCUCCAAUGUCCCCCCUGUGGAUACGAUUGCUGUAUGUCAUGAGCUGUUCAAUGCUGUCAGGGACUACAAGGAUGAUCAUGGGAGGCAACUUUGUGAAGUUUUUCUCAGGGUUCCAAAGAGGAGGAAUCAGCCUGAUUAUUAUGAAGUGGUUUCCCAACCGAUCGAUAUGACAAAAAUUCAGUACAAGCUGAAGUCAGAAGAAUAUAAUGAUGUGGAGCAGCUUACCACAGAUUUUCAGCUCAUGUUCAACAAUGCCAGAUCUUUCUACAAGAGAGAUAGUGAAGAGUUUCAAGCAGCAUGCAAGCUGUGGGGAGUUUAUAUGCAAACAAGGAGUGAGUUUGUGCAGCCUGGAGACGGAGAUGAGGAUGAUGAUGAUGGGGAUGACAUGAUGGAUAAUCCAGGAAUAUCAGCUGACGAUGAGACAUCAGCUUCCAGUUUAAAGGAAGUGCUGGAGCAACUUCUGGAGGCUGUAGUAUCCCACAACGAUCCCUCAGGACGACUAGUCAGCGAACUGUUCCAGAAACUGCCUUCUAAAGUGCAAUACCCAGACUACUAUGCCAUUAUAAAGGAGCCAAUAGAUCUGAGAGCGAUUGCGCAGCGAAUACAGAUUGGGUACUAUAAAAAUGUCAAUGCUAUGGCAAAGGACAUUGACCUGUUGGCCAAAAAUGCCAAAACAUACAAUGAACCAGGAUCUCAGGUUUUCAAGGAUGCUAACACCAUAAAGAAAGUCUUCAUACAGCGUAAGACUGAACUUGAACAUGCAGAGCCCACAAAAUCAAGCCUCCGCAUCAGAAAUCGCAGAUCUGGACAGGGGGAUCGGCUUUCUGGCGUCAGCGUAGCACUUCAGUAUGGCUCAGAGAGUGAGGACGACCCCAUGCUUUCAGGCUCUGUAUGUUAUGAUGAAGGAGAGUCUGAGGCUGAAAGUCAGAGUUCCAGUAUGGAGAUGAGCAACCCAAUCUUCCAGCUGUAUGAAGCUGUGAGGGGGGCCAGGAAUAACCAGGGCCAGAUCUUUGCUGAACCUUUUCAGCAGCUGCCCUCUCGCAGGGAAUAUCCUGACUACUACCAGCAGAUUAAACAGCCUAUCUCUUUACAACAAAUCAGGGCAAAGAUGAAGAAUGGCGAGUACGACAACAUGGAGCAGAUUGAGGUGGACCUCAAUUUGAUGUUUGAGAAUGCAAAGCGCUACAACAUGCCUAAUUCAAGCAUUUACAAACGGGCUUUCAGGCUUCAGCAGAUCAUGCAGGCAAAAAAGAGGGAACUUUUAAGGAGAGAUGAUGAAGAUGGAGACAGCAUUUUGUCAUCUGAUACAGGAAGCAUCAAGAGAAAAAGCCACAAGAAAAAUGUUAAGAAGAACCGAAUGAAAGCCUUGUAUGCUGCAGUGACUGAGGCCAGGGAGGCAGGCACCAGUCGACGUCUCUGUGAUCUCUUCAUGGUUAAACCAUCCAAGAAGGAUUAUCCAGACUACUAUAAAGUCAUUCUCGAACCGAUGGACCUGAAAACCAUUGAGCACAACAUCCGCAUUGAACGCUACACCACAGAGGAGGCUCUGAUGGAGGACAUGAGGCUAAUGUUCCGAAACGCCCGGCAUUACAAUGAGGAGGGAUCUCAGGUUUACAAUGAUGCUGACAUUCUGGAGAAGAUACUGAAAGACAAGCGCAAGGAGUUGGGCCCUCCACCUGAUGAAGAUGACGUGGGGUCACCUAAACUGAAAUUAAGAAAGAGUGGUGUUUCUCCAAAGAAGUCAAAAUACCUCACUCCUCUUCAGCAGAGGUUAAAUGAGCUCUACGAUGCUGUGCGAAACUUCACUGAUCGCCGAGGUCGGCGUUUAAGCACUAUCUUCCUCCGUCUACCCUCUCGUGCCGAGUUGCCUGACUACUAUGCUACAAUCAAGAGGCCCAUCGACAUGGAGCGUCUGAGAAGCCAUAUGGCAGCAGGACGUUACCAAGACGUUGAUGCUCUGGUGGAGGACUUUGCUCUCAUGUUCAACAAUGCUUGCAUGUACAACGAACCAGAGUCUCUCAUCUAUCGAGAUGCUCUGGUUUUGCAUCGAGUGUUGCUGGAGACCCGAAAGCAGCAGGAGGGAGGGGAGGACUUUGGACCUCCAGCUGUGGGAUCUCUGGUGCGAGAGCUCAUCAGAAACCUGUAUGUGUCUAUAAUGGGCCAUCAGGAUGAAGAGGGUCGAUGCUACAGUGACUCACUGGCUGAGAUCCCUGCUGUGGAUCCAAAGGCCCCUGAGAAGCCACCACUGAACUUUGAUAUCAUCAGGAUGAAUGUGGAGCGCGGUCGUUACAGGAGACUGGAUGUUUUCCAGGAGCACAUGUUUGAAGUGCUAGAGAAGGCGAGGCGGUUGCACAGGACUGACUCGGAGGUAUUUGAGGAUGCAGUGGAGCUGCAGCAGUUUUUCAUUAAGAUCAGGGAUGAGCUCUGUAAAAACGGAGAGAUUCUCCUCUCCACUGCUCUCAACUACUCAGCAAAACACUUGCAUAGUGACGUAGAUCAGGAAAAGAGGGAGAAAAUUCCCAAAGAGAUUGAGGAGGAUAAGCAAAAAACAGAGGAAGAGGAGGAGGAAGAAAACAAAGAGGAUCGGAAAGCAAAGGACCUUCCAAGUGAGGCAUGGCAGUCGGAGUCAGAGUCGGAGUCGCAGCGUGUUUACAGUCAGGAUUGCAGCUUUGAAAACAGGACAUACCAUGUGGGAGACUUUGUCUAUGUAGAGCCAUCAGAACCAAACCUGAAACCUCAUAUUGUCUGUAUUGAGCGUUUGUGGGAAGAUGAAACAGGUGAGAAGUGGCUCUAUGGCUGUUGGUUCUACCGACCCAGUGAAACCUUUCACUUGGCCACACGCAAGUUCCUGGAAAAAGAGGUUUUCAAGGGCGACUACUACAACAAAGCACCCAUCAGUAAAGUUCUGGGCAAAUGCAUGGUCAUUAAUGUUAAGGAUUAUUUCAAAAUGCAACCCGAGGACUUCAGAGCUGAGGAUGUCUACGUGUGCGAAUCCCGCUAUACUGCCAGGAACAAGUCCUUUAAGAAGAUCAAGAUUUGGCCCAUGCCAGAGAGCUCUGUGAAAUUAGUACCUCGGGAGGUGCCUCUUCCUGUUGUCCGUGUAGCCUCCAUGUUUGCCAAACCCGACCUGGAAAAACUGGCAAUGUCAUAUGCAGAUAGUGGUAGUUUUGUGGACAAGGAGAGAGAGGAUGUCCCUUUGGAGAUGAAUGGAGCUGAGCCCGGCAUCCAGUACUAUGAACAGUUGCGCUACAACAACACGUGGUUUAAAUUGGGCGAUUGUGUUUACAUCCAGUCACAUGGUCUUUCAAAACCUCGAGUUGCCAGGUUAGAAAAGCUGUGGCUGCAGAAUGGAACUGUCUUCUUCUUCGGACCCAUCUUCAUUCAUCCUGAGGAAACGGAGCACGAACCCACAAAAAUGUUCUACAAGAGAGAAGUGUUUCUGAGUCAUCUAGAGGAGACCUUGCCCAUGACUUGUGUUAUAGGCAGAUGUACUGUGUCCUCCUUUAAGGACUUCGUGUCAUGCAGACCUACAGAGUAUUCAGAGGAAGAUGUCCUGCUGUGUGAGAGUCGCUACAUUGAAACAGAGAAGCAAAUGAAAAAGUUUAAGGGUCUGAAGCGCUUCUCGUAUUCUUCCAAAGUGGCUGAGGAUGAAAUCUAUUACUUCAGGAAAUUGACAGUGCCACAGAAGGAAGCUUCCCCCUUUUUGAACAAGAAAAUUGAUGAGCUUGAGGUGAAACUGGCAGACAUGGAGGAUGCAGAUGAUGAUAUGGAAGACAUGGAUGAUGAUGAAGAGGCUCCAACGACACCUUCUUUGCCUCAGAUGCAGACCCCUCUUACAAAUGACAUGGACGUUAUGCCAUACACACCUUCACAGGCCACUCCUAAGGUGAAGGGCUUAUCGAAGAAGGAAGGAGCUAAGAGGAAGAUCAACAUGAGUGGCUAUAUCCUGUUCAGCAGUGAAAUGAGAGCGGUCAUCAAAGCUCGACACCCUGAUUUUUCUUUUGGGGAGCUGAGUCGACUAGUAGGGACAGAGUGGCGGAACCUAGAGGCUUCCAAGAAAGCAGAGUAUGAAGAGCGUGCAGCCAAAAUAGUGGAGCAGCAAGAACGUGAGAGGCCACCACAGAAGCAAGCUUCCCCUAGAGCAGGUACCCCUGUAGGGGCACUGAUGGGGGUGGUGCCUUCGCCUAGCACUAUGGGAAUGAUAAACCAGACCAUGACACCUGUGUCAGGCAUGAUGGGAGCUUACGGCCAACCUUACAUGCCCAUGCAGGGCCCCCAUGAGGGUUUGCUGAGUUUGGCCCCAAUGCCACCUCACCCUGCAGGGGGUCCUCACCUGCCUCCUCAUCAUCUCCAGCAAGGUAUGCCUGGAUACCCUGGCAUGCCUCAUCAGGGUAUGAUGGGUGGUGGUAUGAAUGGGAUGGCAGGAAGUCCUGCACAAGGAAACUUUAUGCAACAGCCUGGGAUGUUCAGUCCAGGGCAGCAUGCUCCUCCACCAUAUCCAGGUCAGGGGCAGCCCUCACAUUUGCAGCCUACCACUCCCAUGUUUGUGGCACCACCACCAAAGACGCAGAGAGUACUGCACUCGGAGGCCUACCUGAAGUACAUUGAGGGAUUAAAUUCAGAGUCUAGCACCGUCAGCAAGUGGGACCAAAUGCUGAAAGCUCAAAGGCGAGAUGCUCACCUGACCAAAGAGCAAGAGAGUCGGCUUCCCGUUCACUGGCUGAAGAGCAAAGGAGCCCACACCACCAUGGUGGACGCAUUGUGGCGUUUGCGUGAUUUGAUGUUGAGAGACUCUCUGAACAUCUUUCAGGCUUACAACUUGUAACCUGGUGGAGGAACCACUCACCUCAGUAACUGUGCUUUUCCUCAUGUUACAGAGUUUAAGGGUAGACCAUAGAAGCAAUAUUUUAGAGUGAAUGUUGAUCAAUUUUCUAUUUAUUAGCUUAUAAUAAUAAUAAUAAUAAUGAGCUUAAUAGUUAUUUGUGUGGAUUUUUUUUUCUUUUUUUUUUAUAUAUAAUUUGGAUGAAUAGAUGUUUUUGACAUUGAUACAAUCAAUAAAAUUUCAAAUACC